UUGAUCUUGCCAAGCCGAUGGCUAGAGUUGUUGCUGCGGUCUUUACAAGGAGGAGUUUUCUUGUUUUUGUUUCAUUGUUCCUUGUUAUUUUGCUGAUUUCUUUCCGUUCACAGAUUUGUUUCAACAUUCAGGAAUUCAUUUUCUUUCAUAAAAUGGAAAAUUCAAACUGGGGACAGCUUAGUAAAUUUGAAAAAUUCGGAAGACCUGGAGACGAUGAAAUGAGUUUUGUACCAAUUGAUUAUGACUACCUGUCAGCAUUGGUAGGCGAUCGGUAUAAACAGUACACACAUGCCGCACACGGAAUUUAUGCAAGGGACGACACAGUUCUUUGGAACUUGUAUAAAGCUAGGGGUGCAGUGUUGAUGCAAGUACGCUUUGAUGGCCUUUUUGGAUUCCCGGGCGGCUUAGUUGAACCAGAAGAGAAUCCCGUUGACGGACUGAAUCGAGAAAUGGCUGAGGAGAUUGGUCUCGAUCUCAGCAGUCACAAGUUCACUUGGGAUCAUCAUGUGCAAUCUUUUUUCCAUGCCGAUAAACAACUUGUACUGCACUUCUUUGUAAUGGAGAUCACCAUGGAUCAAUUUCAUACUAUAGAAAUGAAGAUAUUGCCUGAAUAUGGUGUAGAGGUAUUUGGCAUUGUACGUGUGCCUCUGUUCACCAUGGGAGAUGGAGUUCGUGGAUUUCCAGCCUUUCUAUCAGGUCAUUUUGCAGGCAGCGCUCGACAGGAACUCAUUCUGGGGCUUAGGCAUGUUAAGCUUCUGUCAGAAGAUGAACUGAAUGCUGCAAUAGUCAGUUCUAAUAAAUUUCUGUCCCAGAUGAUAGUUAAAAAGUAGUUGGUAGUUCAGAUAGCAUAUGGUUGACACAUUGUUUCCUAUUUUCAGAAUAUUUUGUUCUACGAUGCUGAGAAAACCUGCCUAUAUUUCAAGCUAAUGCUUGGUAGUUAUGAUCUGUUUUCAACCUGCUCAGUUAUUGCUAAAUGCUUGUUAAACACGGGGCGUUCUUUUGGUGUCAGAUUCACUGCCUGUUCAUAGCUUAGUAAUUCUUGUUGUGUGAAUGUGGGAUGAGCAUGUAAAUUAAGGAUGCAUGGCAUGCUUGCCAGUAACAUAUGUUGUGGCCCCAACUCUUCAUAGCUUUGAUGUCAUGUAUGAAAUUGUCCUGCAUGCAAAUGGUGAAGAGAACAAUGGCUUAUAGAUUGAAGAGUAACUGAUCGGUUUCUUUCCAUCAUAUGUACAUUGUUUUCUUUUUGAUAGGUAGACAAUCUGGGAGCAAUUUGUUUAUAUGAGGGAUUCAAAGAUGGCAAGACUGAAAGAUAUCUUUCUGGUAAUAUUUUUUACCAUCAUUUGUUUAUUUGUGGUCUGUACAGUAGUGAUCUCAUUAAACAGUAUUUGAGAGGGACAAGUAAGCCAGAGGUUCAAAGGUUUUUAAUACUACAUUUUUAAUUGUAAUAAACUUGUACAUGUUCAUCAUAGUUCUUGAAAAUAUUUCAUGACCUAUUAAAAAGCCAAAAACAUGAUCGAUACAUUUUAUCCCUGAACCAUACAGAUAAUUUUAUCACAGCAUCAAAGUAAUAAGGAUUCUAGUUAUUUGUGAAUGUGAUAAAGGCUACCUUAAAAGCAAAGAUACAUAGUUCAUUACAUCAAAUUAAAAAAAAAAAUACCUUUCAAGUUUUUUAAAAUUUACUUUUCACUGUUGACAAUUGCAAAAACAAAAAACUCUAAAUAAAUCUGGGGAAAAAUGUU